GGAGUUUUUAAACGUGUACUUCGGUUCUGUGUGAACAUUUUCAUGAGAAUAAUUCCUACAUUGCAGCUUGUGUGUGGUGGGGUAUAAGACACGGAACCACCAUUCAAGUUUUCCUCUCGUAAAACUCGCGAAUCUUCCUCCGAGUCUCCUGAUCCUCUCUUUCAAAGGCAGCAUCGUCUUUGAUGGGGGGGUCGAAGGAUUUGUUGAACGUUGUUCCCGGCUCUGCCAUCUUAUCUCUGCUUUCCCAGAUGUCCUCGGAGCUUGGUUGGCCUCGACCAUACUUGGCUGCCUCCUUCUUCCGGAAAUGAUCUUUGAUGGCUUCAGCGCGAAGCUUUGGAUCCCAAGACUUGGUGCGCAUGCAAAACCAAAAGUCGUCCCAGAGCUCGGUACACUGUCUUACACCACCGUACCGGUAAACAGAGUUGACCUGAGAGCCGGGGGUAUGGCAAUGCCAGGCAUAGUCAAAAGCAUCCUGACACGACAUGGUUGUUGGAAGAAGAGCCUCGGACAUGGCGAUAGAGGCUUCGGAGCGCUUGUCUUUGGGCGGUGGGGGAGGGGUCUCAGGCGCUGGCGCUGAAAGCCAACUGGGUACCCACGAUGAUUUGGCGGCGUCUGAAUCUGUUGAAGACGGAGGGGAAGCGGCGUGAGAGGAAGAAGGGUUGGCUGCCGCUUGGAUUUCGCGGAGAAACUUGGAGACCUCCUCAUCUGUUGAUGGCUUCCUUUCGCUGGCUGGAGGUUGUGGUUGCUGAGUUGCAGAGUGGUGAGAGGCUUCGGAAGCCUUUGGUGAGGGGGACGGCGAGGUCCAGAACCAACCCAUGAUAGUCUCUUGUUGAAGGUCCUGAAGAUGGAUGCAGUGUAGUGCAGGAGAUGAAGACUCGUGCAACCUGAAUCAGAGGUUAGUGAGGGCUCAUUUGAAGAGGACGUCAAGUGAGGGGUACGCGGAACAUGAGGAGGGGACGGGAGGAUGGUACCUGAUAUCAGUCUCGUGAUUCGCAGACCUUCCAGUCACUUCAGCGUCUCUCAAACGCCAAAGACGGGAUGGCAAGCGGACAAGCCUUUUUGGAAAGCUGCCAAUCAGAAGCCCAGCGCAUCUUGCUGCGGGGCAUUGCUUGGCGCCGAGGCUUGAGGGGACGAUCAGCGACCCCAUUAAUGACCUCACUGACAGGGGCGGCGUUCCAAACCAUCGCAUGUGGAACCAAGCUGUCGGCCAGCCGGUCACCUUGGGCUUAAAUUCGUCGCCUCCCGAAAGCACUACUCUUGCAUCACAACGGCUGCGGCCUUUUGCCUUGUGGGUGCCAGUACGACGAUCAAAUGAUCGUGGAAACCUGCGACCUGAGCUGUAUUGAACUAUACAGAGAGGGCCUUCUCUAUACCUAGCCUCGUCCAUGGCCAUGCGCGGCCGAAGGUUGCCUGCUUUUGCAGCAACCCACACCGCCAGGCAACGCCCUCUCCCCGCUCUAGGACAACAUACAAAACUUGCCCGAAGAUGGCAGAGCACGGUUGGCACAGGCAAGACCGGCCAUAUCGAAGCCAAAGCAGAUGAGUCAAUAUUAUUUGUCGACAACCUAUUUCCACUGAAACUAAGCUCAUUACUACUCUGGAGGCCAUGGAAGGCUCAAAACGAUGUCCCGGAGUUGCUCAAGAAAUUUGACAAGACUUCCUUGGGCGUGUUCGAUCCUGUCAGUCUGGUGAAGCGGGCAAUUCCAGACUCCCUUUCUGUAAACAUCACUGAAGUCAUCCCCAGAACAAAAGAAGGGGGCGCCUAUGUCAAGUUCACCCAUCCCGGUGAUACAUCCGCCUCGGAAAUUCAGGCAAAACUCUCACAAGCGCUGGAACAGAAUCCCAUCAAGCCAUGGUUUAGUCCCUUUCGAGGUAUCUCAACAGGUCUUGUUCUAGGCCGACCGUGGCUGGAGGAUCUUUAUAGACUUCCCAAAAGUCGUUUGCGUGUUGAGUUCGUGCCGGCAAAAGACUCCGAACAGCCUGAUGAGCUUUCCCAGGAGGCACUAUACAGUGUCUUUCGUCGGUACGGAUGGAUUGCUGACAUCACCUCGCAACCGCCCGAUUCGAAAGUUCUACCCAAAUUCGCCUACGUAGACUUUGUGCUUGUCAAGGAUGCCAUCAUGGCGCGAAACUGUCUGCACGGCUUUGUUCUGCAGGAAGAGGGAAGCAAAGCUGCCACAAAGCUGAGGCUGUCAUACGAACAGCGAGUCAAACCACAUAACAUCUGGAAAUGGAUCAGCAGUCAUCCACGCAUCGUUAUCCCCAUCCUUGCCGCCUUUCUCGCCACCUUUACUGUCAUCGUGUUUGAUCCUAUUCGCGAGUUCUUUGUCAAGCACCAUGUUCAGCGAUCUCUUGAGUUUACCAAUAGUAAGCUCUACAAGUGGCUUAAACGGCAGACAUCGGACAUCCUCUCUCUUGGUAAGAAGCACGGUAGCGAUGCUGGCCUGAAUGCUUUGUUCAACCACCGAAAAGACCUGAUUGAUUCAAUCAAGAGCAGCCUCCUUGAAUCGGUCGACACAUUUGUUGUCAUUCAGGGUCCCCGGGGAUCAGGAGGCAAAGAGUUAGUUAUGGAUCAAGUGCUCGAAGGACGUAAGGACGUCUUAGUGUUGGAUUGCAAGCCAGUGAUGGAGGCCAGGGGCGAGGCUGGCACCAUCAGAAAGCUCGCUUUUCAGGUUGGAUACCGCCCGGUAUUCUCGUGGGCGAACAAUCUCAGCAGCCUGGUCGACCUUGCUAUCCAAAGCACCACUGGAGUCAAGGCUGGGUUCUCUGAGAACCUCGAAGCCCAAGUAGUCAAAAUUCUUCAAACAACCGCAUCGGCCCUCAAAGAAGUCUCACUCGCUGGAAGAAAAAAGGAAGACCAGGAUGCCAACCUUUCGGACGACGCCUAUCUUGAGGCCCAUCCGGAGCGGCGUGCGGUUGUGGUCAUUGACAACUUCCUCCACAAGAGCGAGGAGAAGGGCAUCAUAUAUGACAAGGUCUCUGACUGGGCGGCAGCCUUGGUCCAGUCCAAUGUGGCUCACGUCAUCUUCCUCACCACUGACACCUCCUACUCGAAACCUCUGUCCCGGGCUCUUCCUGAUCGUGUCUUUCACCAAGUUACCCUGGGGGAUCUCUCGCCCCAGGUAGCCAAACAGUUUGUCGUUUCUCAGCUCGAGGCAAAUGCGCGCUCUGAUGAGAAGGCGAAGGAGGACGAAAAGGGGGGAGACGGCUCACCGCUGAAAACCGAUAGCCAAGGACGUCAGGAUCUUCAGGAAUUGGAUGAGUGCAUUGAAGCCCUCGGCGGCCGCCUCACAGACCUCCAGGUCCUUGCUCGCAGACUCAAAGUCGGUCAGAGCCCCAAGAAGGCUGUCUCUGACAUCAUUGAGCAGAGUGCUUCCGAGAUUCUCCGCAUGUUCCUGUUGACUGGCAACAAGACUGCUGGCGAAGGCGUCGACAAGGAGAGGAAAUGGUCUGUUGAGCAAGCGUGGUACCUCAUCAAGGAGAUCGCCAAGAACGACUCUCUCCGCUACAACGAGGUCCUGCUCGCCAACACGUUUGCCUCUUCUACGACCUCCAGCGCUACCAACCCCGAAGCUGCUCUAGAGGCGCUGGCCAAUGCGGAGUUGAUCACUGUGAAAUCCCACCACGGGCGGCCAGCCACCAUCCGCGCGGGCAAACCCGUCUACCAAGCCGCUUUUGCAAAGCUUCUCGAAGAUAAGGUCGUGAAAUCGAGGAUGGAUUUGGCGCUGCUGACUGAACUGUCCAAAAUUGAGGCCAAGAACAUUGACAAGGCAGAGCAAGAAUUGACUGUGCUUGCAGGCCUUCCCAACGCACCAGCGCAGGCCUCAGAUAGAGUGAAUUACUUGCUAGGCAAGUUACAGGCUAGCCAGAGAAAGAUCGAAGUGUUUGACAAGGAGAUGGGAGCACUGAAGAAGGUCUUGGCUGAGGAGGCAUAACUGUGACCUGAAUGCUACAGGCAAUGGGGCAUGGGACGAAAUUCAGCUCAAUACUUUUACGAUGGGACGAAGAUCAUGCCUGUGUAUAGCCUUGCUUUUGUAUAAUUAAAAACCUUGGACAUGAAGCAGCAUAACUCAUCAACCCCUUAAUUGCACGUGUUCAAUAUUUGUUCAGCUACUUGUCCAAAAAGGCAUCAAAGUACGGUAUAUAAGAGGCUCUGAGAUUCGACUACUGUCCACACUC